CAGAAGCUUACUGGAGUCCUCACAGAGGGAAGUCCAUGAUGUCCCUGGUGAGGGAAGCUAAGGAGGGAUGUCUUCCUGGUCCAUAAACCAAUCUCCCCGCAGGUGCCAUGAGUCAGCAGCCCCGGGAAGGCUUCGACAGGAGCGUGGAGGACGCCCGGGAGUGGAUGAAGGCCGUGCAGGAGCGGCUGCAGGUCAAUGACAACACCCAGGGGCCCCGUGCGGCCCUGGAGGCCAGAUUGCGGGAGACCGAGAAAAUAUGCCAGCUGGAGCCGGAGGGCCGUGUGAAGGUGGACAUGGUGCUGCGGGCAGCUGAAGCCCUCCUGGCAUGCUGCCACGAGGACCAGAAGCCCGAGAUCCUGGCCCGGCUGAGGGACAUCAAGGCCCAGUGGGAGGAGACGGUCACCUACAUGACCCACUGUCACAGCCGUAUCGAGUGGGUGUGGCUGCACUGGAGCGAGUACCUGCUGGCCCAGGAUGAGUUCUACCGCUGGUUCCAGAAGAUGACAGUGGCGCUUGAGCCGCCUGUGGAGCUGCAGGCAGGCCUGAAAGAGAAGCAGUGGCAGCUGAGUCACACCCAGGUGCUGCUGCUCAAUGUGGACAACCAAGCCGUGCUCCUGGACCGGCUGCUGGAGGAGGCCGCCUCGCUGUUCAACAGGAUCGGGGACCCCAGUGUGGACGAAGAUGCCCAGAAGAGGAUGAAGGCCGAGUAUGACGCAGUGAAGACCAAAGCCCAGGACAGAGUGGACCUGCUGGAGCAGGUGACCCGGGAGCAUGAGCAUUUCCAGGCGAGUGUGGACGAGUUCCAGCUGUGGCUGAAGGCAGUGGUGGAGCGGAUGCAUGGCUGUGUGGGGCGCAAGUGCCAGCUGAGCACCCAGGACCGUCUCUCGGCGCUGCAGGACAUCGCUAAUGACUUUCCCAGGGGUGAGGAGUCUUUGAAGAGGCUGGAGCAGCAGGCCGUAGGGGUCAUCCACAACACCUCUCCUUUGGGUGCAGAGAAGAUCACCAAAGAACUGGAGGAGAUGUGGGAUGUUCUGAAGAAGCUGCGUGCGCUCUGGGAGGAGGAGGAGGGGCGGCUGCAGGGCUUGCUCAAGUCCAGCGGAGCCUGUGAGCAGCAGAAGAGGCAGCUGGAGGCUGAGCUGGAGGAGUUCAGAAAGAGCCUUCAGAGGCUGGCGGAGGAGGGCCUGGAGCUCGCAGCCAAGGAGGCGACCGAGGAUGAGCUGGUGGCCCGCUGGAGACUCUAUUCGGCGAUGCGGGCGGCACUGGCCGCGGAGGAGCCUCGGGUGGACCGGCUGCAGGCCCGGCUGAAGGAGCUCAUCGUGUUCCCCCAGGAGCCGCAGCCCCUCGCGGACAGCGUGGUGGCUGCCAUCCAGGAGCAUCAGAGGCUGAAGGUCAAGAGCAGCAGGCUGUGCAGUGCCGAGGGCGUGGAGCUGUGGCAGCGUUUCCAGCGGCCUCUGCAGAACCUGCAGCUGUGGAAGGCUCUGGCCCGGAGGCUCCUGGAUGUCACCGCCAGCCUGUCAGACCUGCCCUCCAUCCACACCUUCCUGCCGCAGAUCGAGGCGGCCCUGGCAGAGAGCUCCCGCCUGAAGGAGCAGCUGACGAUGCUGCAGCUGAAGAAAGACCUGCUGGGCAGCAUCUUUGGCCAGGAAAAAGCCACGGCCCUGCUGGAGCAGGUGGCGACUUCCGUGAGGGACAGAGACUUACUGCACAAUCGGCUUCUGCAGAGAAAGAGCAAACUGCAGAGCUCACUCGCUCAACACAAAGAUUUCGGGGAGGCUUUUGAGCCCCUGCAGAGAAGACUUUCAGACCUCCAAAUCAGGGUGGAAGCUGAGAAUGGGCUUCAGCGGGACCUUCCUGCGAAACAGGCCAAGCUUUCAAGGUUGCAGGGGCUGCAGGAGGAGGGGCUGGACCUGGGGGUGCAGAUGGAGGCCAUGAGGCCUCUCAUCCAGGGGAACCCUAACCACCAGCACAGAAUGGACCAGCUUUCUGCUGACCACCAGGCCCUGCAGAGGUCUCUGGAGGACCUCGUGGACGAGUGCCGGCAGAGUGUGAGGGAACAUUGCACCUUCAGCCACAAGCUGCUGGAGCUGCGGCAGUGGGUCUCCGUGCUCACGCAGAAGCUGGAGGCCCACCGUGGGGACACAGGUCCAAGCGAUGCCCAGUCCCGAAAGGUCGAGAUCGAGAGGCUGCUGGCCGAAUUCUCAGAGAAGGAGGCCCAGCUGCCCCUGAUCAAAGCGCACGGCCAGCUGGUGAUGGAGAAGUCUUCUCCAGAGGGGGCUGCUGUGGUCCAGGAGGAGCUGGAGGAGCUGAUGGAGUCAUGCAGGGCCCUCAGGCUGCUGGAGGAAAGCCUGCUGAGCCUCAUCAGAAACCAGCAGCUGCAGAGGACAGAAGUGGAUUCAGGGAAGAAAAUGAUUUUCACCAACGACAUCCCAAAGACUGGGUUUCUCAUCAUCCCCACAAAUCUUAUGUCCCGACAUCACCGUCAGGCAAAUGUACUCCAGGAGGAAGAAGGUAGCCGUGAAGAUUUCUCCCAGCUCCUGAGGAACUUUGAGCACUGGUUGCAGGUGGAAAAUUCCAAGCUGGUUAGAAUCAUCGCCCUGAGAACUGCCACCACCAAGGACCUGAGAACCAGAGAAACAAAAUUGCAGGAGCUGGAGGCUCGGGUACCAGAAGGUCAGCAUCUCUUUGAAAACCUCCUUCGUCUCCAGCCGGCAAGGGGGUCCUCGGAUGAGCUGGAGGAUCUGCGCUACCGGUGGAUGCUCUACAAGUCCAAACUCAAGGACUUCAGCCACCUGCUGACGCCGAUUUCUCCAGGGGAGCCAACUGGAUUCCAAAAGACCCAGCGGGGGCGAGGGCUCGGCUCUCUCUGCCGGAAGGUGUGCUGCGUGGCGCUCCCCCUGCAGCUGCUGCUGCUACUCUUCCUGCUGCUGCUCUUCCUGCUCCCCGUCAGGGAAGAGGACCGCAGCUGCACGCUGGCCAACAACUUCGCCCACUCCUUCCGGCUCAUGCUCCGCUACGACGGCCCCCCGCCCACCUAGCCCAUUGGAGGCAUUCGGGGGAAUUUCUUCUCCAAACUUCCAUCAGCCCCAGGCUCCCCUGGAGGAUGCUGGGGAAACUGGAAACAGGAGCAGGCCAGAGCCCGCUGGGGCUGCAUCCAUGUAAAUACUGUAUCCAUGUUCCCAGAACAAAAUUACUUUUUAUACAGCGUCAUCUUAGCCUAUUUAUACUAAAUGUGUACUAUGUGUGGCUAAGGAAUAAUGCAUAGCGUUUUGUAUGCUCUAUAUGUAAAUGCUCAGUAUGUAUAAUUUCAUAUAUGACCUCUAUUUGUCAUUGGGAAAAUUCCCAGCAGUGCUUUUGCCCGGUGGGAUCUUGUGGCAUUUUGGCCUUGGCCUGCAGUCAGCCCUGGAAAGCAGGAACGAUAACAGGUCGCUUUUAUGGCCAACUCCUAUCCAGAAGCUGCGCUGCACACCCAGAUGUUCAUAAGGAGGACUCUGAGCUGCCAGCAUGGAAGAACAACACUGGCCCUCACUCAGAGCCCAGUGACUCUUGUUUUAGGCACAAUGAGAACAACCGUGCUUGUCUAUCCUUUAGCGUGACAGCAAGUUAGAUGCUGUGGAUUAGAAGCAGAAAGUGUGCCGAUCCCAGGUGGGCCUGGUGGCAGCAGUGAAAUGUGAUAGGGUGAAAUUAAUGGAGGAAAAGAAGGACUCCAAAGGGGAGACCCAGAACUAAGAAAGCACAGCAGAAUGGAGGCAUCCAGGAGCACAAAUAGCCCUGACCAGUGAUGAAGGUCCAUGGUCAGGAUACUGAAUCUUCAGGGAAUGGUUAGAUCAUGCCACACGUUCUCUGCUCUGUUCAGGGAGAAAAUGAAGAGAGGAAGCUUAUUGUUAAGCUUUCCAUGCAGAAUCAUGGGCACACUCUGUGUGUAGCACACACCUGACAGUGCCGGGGAAGGUGUGUUAUGUCUGUCACUCUUAGGCUGAGUUUUUCAUCAUCUACUACUCAGGCUGAAGGGGACAGAGGGCAGCAUCUGACACACUAGGGACCAGAGAUCAAGGGUCCAAGACAGAGAAUGGAGGUUCACUGUGGAGCUCAGCCUGUCUGAAGGGCUCUGCCUCUUCCUCCCAGAGAGACUUCGGAGAGAGGUGGGUCCUCUGGGCCAAGAAUGUCCCACACAUAUGCCCACAGGGGACCCAGGGCCCAGGUGCCCCAAACCAGGCACCCUCUGCAGGACUUGGCAGUCGGGCCCGUGAACCAUCUAGGCCUUGAGACUGGAAAUACAUCCCUUCCUCCCCAAGGAAUUCUGGAACAGUUCCUAAGUGCUUCAUAACUGGAUCAUAUUUUCCCUAAAUCAACACUAAAUUUUCCUUUUUACAAAAUGUUUAGUACACACUCUUUACAAAUUGAUUUUGUCUGUUCAGCUACACAUAGGGACCAACAGGGGAUUUCUCAGGCCUCUGAAAUCACAGUGUUACAGACCAAGAAAGGCCUUUAAACAGAGGGGAAACUGAAGACCCAAGAGAGUCCUGGCCCCCAGCACCUUGCCCCUCCCCCCUUCCCUCUGGAGCACACAGGCCCCUCCUUUCCAGGGCAGGCCCAACCUCAGCACAUUUCUCAAUGUGGGGACCCAGGCCUCCCCAUAACUAGGAAGAGCUGGACAUACACAGGGCAGGAAAACAGUGUCCUUGAGAAGAGCUCUCAGCACUGACUCAGAAAGCACACUUUUCUCCAGAUACAGUAUUUAGAAACAAAGCCACAAAGCCAUUCCUUGCCGGUGCCUGCUUUACUGGAAAAUCAGGGGCUGGGUGAACCAAGACCUCAGGCCCAGGCAGCCGAGCCCAGAUGCUCACUGGGUUGUGCUGGUCCAGCCCAAGAAGAUCAGAGCCGUGGCCAGGGCCUUCGAAGGUCUCCCCUCUCACUCUCCCACGUCACAACAAGCAGGCAGAGGCCUAGAGGGGGGAAGUACCUUACCCAUGGCCACACAGCCAGAGGCGGCCACGGCACGAGCAGAUCCUGGGCACCACUGCCCCCAGAUGGCACCCUGCUCGCGGUCGCACCAUCCCCCCCCCCCGACCCCACCCCCAUCUGUAACUUCAAAAAGAAAAGUCUUGAAUACCAUGAACACAGUUGUGUCGCGUGUCCUGUGUGCCAAGGAGGGAGAACUCUGAUGUGUGGGCUGGCGUGUGGGAGUGUCUACAUAUAUUUUUUAAACUUUAACAAUGAUGCCAUAGAGCUUGUUUGCAUAACAUUUUUUUAAAAAAGAGAAUUGAUAUUUUCAUUACUUUCAUAUAAAUACAAUUGUGAUAUAAUAAUCAUUUACUGGUGCUUUUCAAGUGUCAUCUCUUGCUUAAAGUGGGUCAGAAAAUUAUUUCUAUGACUUUCUAGCUUCCUGAGCACCAACCUCAAAGAGCUUUAACAAGAAAGCCUUUAAACAGAGGGGAAACUGAAGCCCUUAGAGGGUCCAUGGUGCCUUUUGAGAAGGGUGUUGCAGUGGGACCUUGAUGUGUUUUUUUUUCCUCUGUCCCCCAAAGUGAGAGAAAUGGUGAGAAGUGUGAACAUCACUGCCCAGCCCAGGGUUGUGUGUGUGUAUGUGUGUGCAUGCGUGUGUGUGUGUGUGUGAGAGAGAGAGAGAGACAGAAGGAUGGAGAGAGAUAGAGGAGACAGAAGAAGAGGAAGAUAAAGAAGAAGGGGGGAGGGGGAGGAAGAGAGAAACACAGGUGAGCCUGAUCAAAGCUGCUGCUACCCUCCUUAGCUGUCUCUCCCUCCCCUGAUGAGGGACAGCCCUCACCCAGGGUGGCCGUGUCUGGGGCGGUGGGGGGAUGGGGAGAGACCCUGCCUGCUCUGUGAAUCCCGAGAUGCCAGCGGCUUCCUUUGAAGUCUGUUAUUUGAGUGUCUCUCACUGGUGGCAGCACAGUGACCUCCAGCAAGCCUCUUGUGUUCCUGGCCCUGUCGGGAUCUCACCCUAAUUCCCUCUCUCAUGGGAACUCAGCUAAUGGACUGGGGGCUCCCCCUGCUCGUCUCACUCCAGUAGGAUUGUCACCCGUCUGGUUCAGCAACAGAGGAGAGGUGGUCAGGCCAUGAGCUGUGAGCACAGGCCCAGCAUUAAAUACGUAGGCAUCUACCCCCAUGGCUGCAUCCAUGGCAGACAUUGAUAAUUGAUCACCGAGCUCCUCUCCUUCCCUUCUCCAGCUUCAGUGAACCUCACAGUCCUUCUCAAAGCCAGUCCAGGCAGCUACUGCCAAUCACUCGCAUUUGUCACGUGAGAAAAACCUGUUUGGCGUUCUUGUACCUGAUACCAGCCCUCUCAGAAAACUCUCAAUUCUGGCCUCCUCCUUUUUAAAGAGAAUUUUGAAAUUAUGGUGUUCCUAAUCAAAAAUCACUUCCCUUAGUCUAGUACCUGGGGAAGAGAAGGAGAGAAGCUAACACCAGAAAGCAGGUAAUGGUCUGAAUUACCACAUAGGACUUUUAGAGGAAGCACAAUGUAGCAGGAAAUGCUAAAUUACCAGUAUUUUCGUAGACUGUUUUGGUCCAACCUUGUGUCCAUUUUAUAGAUGAGGAAACUGAGGUCCUGACAGCUCUUGUUCACCCAGUGAAUUCAGGCAGUUUGUUCUAGAGGUGGGAGUAGAUCUCUGCACACAUUGGGUGACAGAGUGACGCUGCUCAGUGCUGAACAGGGUGAAGAUGGAGCUCUGCUGUUAAGAGCUGUGUGACCUUGGAUGAGUUCCCUGCCAUCUCCCCACCCCCACCCCCAGCCAUUGGUAAAAGGGGAAAUUAGCCCUGGAACAUCCCGUGCUACUUGCAAUGUUAGAUAUUCUAGGAAGAUGAUGGUGGACUUCUGUCUGGAGGGGGAUUCCCUAGAUUCAGCCACAAGUGUCAGCAUCCCCCCUUUAACCAACUUUGACUUAAAUCAGGGGCAUUGCUCAUCCCUCUAGAGGUCGAGAGCUGGGCAGUUGUUGGCAUCAUUUCCUCAGCUCAAGGAUGUCAGGGCCAAGGUUUCUGUGGCUCUGUUUUCUUUUCCUUAUGAUUACCUCAUAGCCUAAGAUGCUUGCUCUACCUCCAGAUUUUUCAUCUGGGAUCCAGGUAGGAAGAAGCGGAAUGAGCUGGCUGAAGCUGCCCUAAUUUUCAAGAGCUUUCUCAGAACCCCCGCCCAGACUCUUCUGUUGACCUCUCAUUGGUCAGAAACAUUGUCACAUGGUUCCUCCACAUCUGUGAGGAGUCUGGGAACAAGUCCCCCCAACAAAAUGGGCAUCUCUUAACAAAAGGGAGGGGUGGAGGCGAUUGGGGUGGCUCUUAGGUGUCUCUGCCCCAGUCAUCCUGAACCUCCGUGUCUUGGUCUCAUCCUCUGUCAGCAGAACUUGGAGGCAUUCAUCAUUGAGGGGUGAGAAUGACUUUUCACUACCGCCCGCCACCUGCCUCCCCAGGCGAUAGGGGUCCCUGAGUCCUUCGAACCCCUCCCCCUCCCCCAGGUGUCACAGCCAUUCCCGCUACACUCAGGACUUUUCUAGGCCUACCUUCUUGCAAGACUUGGGAACAGGCAAAGAAAUCAAAGUAAAUCAAGUGCCCUUCUUGGCCAGAGUGUGUGCAGAGGAACUCCACCCAUU